AUGACAAUAGAAAAUCAUUCAUCACCUAUUAUUAAUCAACGAAAACCAGAAAGUGCACAUCAACAACUUUUUCGUGAACAAAAACCUAAUCAAACAGCAUGGUUAACAACAUUUAAACGUAUAUUAAAAGUACCAAAUACACGUUAUGCUUUUUUAUGGUUGACCGGUGGAAUACUUUUUGGUUUAUUUGUUAAACCAGGUAUACGACGACGUGAUGAAGAAUUAAUGAUUAAAGAUGUUGAAAAUUAUUUAGCAAAUAAAUCAAAAAAAAAAGAUUCAACAUAA